CAAAUUUGGGAAUGUAAUUUGACAUUAUAGAUAUUUAGGGCCAAAAUAUAUUGAAGACAUGGCAAGUGGUCAGACUAAUGAAAUUCCUGAUGAACUGAGGGGGUAUGAACGUUUGAGAGAAGAGCAGGAAAAGGCUGUUGAACAAACAGAUGAAAACAUAAAGCAAUGGAACAAGUUUAGGAGUGACUAUGUUGACCUCCAGAGUAGACUAAAAUCCCUACCUGAGAAAGUGAAGCAUGACAUUAUGGUACCAUUUGGCAGUAAAGCUUUCAUGCCUGGUCAACUGGUCCAUUGUAAUGAGAUACUGGUUCUAUUGGGAGACAACUGGUUUGCUGAGAGAUCAUCCACGCAGGCCUGUGGUAUCAUAGACAGAAGAUUAAAAAGUAUUGACAAGCAGCUGUCUGACCUAACCAGACAGAGGGACCUUUUAGCACCUCGUAUAGAUGUCACUGGUGAAUUGUGUGAGAUGCAACAAGGUACUGAUCAUCGUGAGAUUAAAGAGGAACUCACUGACGAUCAAGAUAAACUUUGGAGAGAAAAACACAAAGCCUCUGUGAAAGCUCACUAUGCUAAACAGAAGAAGGAACGUGAGAAUCAAAAGCAGGAAGAAAGAACAGUAACAACAGAUGCUGAACUAUGGGCCAGGCUAGACCAAUUAGAACUUGCAGAAUUCAAGGCCCGGGAAAUGACAGCCGAGAAUUUAUCUGAUGCUGAAGAUAGUUCCAAUCAGCUCCCAGAGAGGACGCAAAAACAUGUCACAUGGGCUGGGAAUGAGCAGACAGAAUCAGAAGACAGCUUUGAAAGUAGUUCUGGUUCAUAUUCGGAGGAGGAAUACAGUAGUGAUGAGGCCAUAGAGUCCCCACGUGUGAUCAACUUCAGUCAUGGGCCAUCUCCUGAUAAAACUUCAGAGCAGGAAAGUCCAAAUAAUAAUGACCAAAUAGAAUCUCCCAGAGACAUCUAUAGGCUAUUUACAAAUGAUGGGCCUCGCUCAAUACUCAAAGCUAGCACUGCGGAAAUAAAAGAAGAGAGACUGGAAAAACCUCUGCUCACCAGUUCAUUAGCAGCAUUUUCUGGGAAAAUUGUUGAAAGAACACCUGAUCCUGUAAUAGAAGAAAAAGACAAUCUAACUACAACUGAAAACAUUUUGGCAGGACAAGGACCUUCUCAACAUAAAAGGAUGGAAUGUAAAACUGACAAUCCAAUAUCCAAUCCCCCAAAGAAAAUAUCAAAAUUUAAAGCUCAGAGGAUGCAGGCAAAACAGUGAUAUGGUGAAAAUAUAGUGCAGUAAAUUAAACAUAGUAAUAUACAGCUCAAGUUUCCAAAAAGACAUAUUGUUGUUUUCAAAUGAUUAUCAGAAAACAAUACAGGCAUUGGAUAAUAUGGGUAUUUAAAGGGCAGGCCAAAAAUUCUUUCAAAAUCAUGUAGUUUUUCAUCAUUCUGAGC